AUGGCUCCCCAACUCGACAGCUACUUCAAGCAGGUCGACGCCUCGGCCAACGACUUCAUCGAGCGCCUUCGCAAGGCCGUUGCCAUUCCUUCCAUCUCGGCCGAGGAUGCCCGCCGUCCCGAUGUCGUCCGCAUGGGCGAGUGGCUCGCUGGCGAGCUCAAGGCUCUUGGCGCCGAGGUCGAGCUGAGGCCCCUGGGCAAGCAGCCUCACAAGGAGCACCUCGACCUGCCUCCCGUCGUCCUUGGCCGAUACGGCAAUGACAAGAACAAGCGCACGAUUCUGGUCUACGGCCACUACGAUGUCCAGCCCGCCGAGAAGAGCGACGGCUGGGCCACGGAGCCUUUCGACCUGACCGUCGACGACAAGGGCCGCAUGUUCGGUCGUGGUUCUACCGAUGACAAGGGCCCCGUUCUCGGCUGGCUCAACGCCAUUGAGGCUCACCAGAAGGCUGGCGUCGACUUCCCCGUAAACCUGCUCAUGUGCUUCGAGGGCAUGGAGGAGUACGGUUCCGAGGGUCUGGACGACUUCAUUCAGGCUGAGGCCAAGAAGUACUUUGCCGACACCGACGCCGUGUGCAUUUCCGACAACUACUGGCUGGGAACCGAAAAGCCCUGCCUGACUUAUGGCCUGCGAGGCUGCAACUACUACUCCAUUGAGGUCUCCGGCCCCGGCGCGGACCUCCACAGCGGUGUCUUUGGUGGCACCGCCCAGGAGCCCAUGACCGACCUGGUGCGCCUCCUGGGCUCCCUGGUCGAUACCCACGGCAAGAUCCAGAUCCCUGGCAUCAUGGAGCAGGUUGCCCCUGUGACCAAGGAGGAGGAGGGUCUCUACGACGGCAUCUCUUUCACCAUGGACAACAUCUUUGAGUCUCUCGGCAGCAAGACCACCAUCCACGACGACAAGAAGAACACCCUGAUGGCCCGCUGGAGAUACCCUUCCCUUUCCGUUCACGGCAUCGAGGGUGCCUUCGCCAGCCCCGGCGCCAAGACGGUCAUCCCCGCCAAGGUCAUUGGCAAGUUCUCCAUCCGCACCGUGCCCAACAUGGACAUCGACACCACCAACAACUGCGUGUACAAGUACGUUGAGGAGCAGUUUGCCAAGCUGGGCAGCAAGAACACCAUGAAGGUGUUUGCCCAGCACACGGGCAAGUGGUGGGCCGCGUCGCCCAAGCACUGGAACUUCUCCGCCGCUGCCAAGGCCACCGAGCGCGUCUGGGGCGUCCAGCCCGACUUUACUCGCGAGGGUGGAAGCAUCCCCGUUACUUUGACAUUUGAGGAGGCGACUGGCAAGAACGUCUUGCUCCUGCCCAUGGGUAGCUCUACGGACGGUGCUCACUCUAUCAACGAGAAGCUGGACAAGCGCAACUACAUUGAGGGCAUCAAGCUUCUGGGUGCCUAUCUGCACUACGUUGCCGAGGAGCCCCAGGAAUAG